AUGGCGUCCUUAUAUCCGCUGGUUCUGGUCUUCACUUUGAUCCUUCCAAUUCUAGCACAGGACGGCUGUCCUCCAGGCUUCAAUGUCAACAACGAGGGAUGUUUUUAUGUGUCCAACACAGAAGCAACAUGGGCUGGGGCAUUGGGCUACUGUAACACUGCGAAUGGUCACAUUGCUUACAUCGAGACAGCCGAGCAACAGUCUUUUAUAGUCAACUACCUGAAACAGCAUUAUAACGAGUCAAGUUUCCAACUAAGUACCAGAAACGACUACCAUUACCAUUACCUACACGACAUGGGACUGGACGUGACUGGGCACACCUCCUUCACCUUCCAAGUAAAGGCAUGUCACGAUGCCCAUAUUGCUUUAUCACAGGACAAGGGCGUCGACUCGAGAAACACUUACGAAAUUGUAAUUGGUGGAUGGGGUGAUGUGCAGUCAGUCAUCCGAGACUGUAAACAAUGUGCGCAUAUGGAUACUCAGAACCGAAUGCCACAUCCUCUCUCGUGCUCUCAGUAUCGGCCAUUCUGGAUCAGCUGGGCAAAUAAUAUUAUCCGUGUAGGCCAAGGCAGCAUUGUAGGGAAGAGCCAGUUCAUGAUGUGGAACGACACUGCUCCUCACGAGGUCAAUUACGUUGCUGUUGCAACUGGUUUCGGAUCCAGUGGUGCCUGGCAGAUCACAGUUGGUAACUACUGGCCUGGACAGUUCUGGCUCGGACUCUCCGACCUUGCUGUGGAAGGGGAAUGGAUGUGGCUACCACAACAGGGCAGUGUAAACUUCGCCAACUGGGGGCCAAAAGAGCCUGACAACGCGCUGAACAGGGAACACUGUGCACUGCUUGACCUCCAUAGGAACUUUACCUGGUCCGACGACAACUGCGAGGAACGCAGAAACUUCAUUUGUCAAAUAGAUUUAUAA